GAAGCUGUAAGAAAAGUAGUCGUUUUGCUACAAAAAUCUCAUAAAAACAAACUGUAGAGAGCAGAUAAGUAACUUAAAGCGUGCAACUAAAUGUAUCAAGCAACCAUAUCAAUCAGUAAAUGCGUAAACACUUGAAAAAAUAUUAAAAUCGAUUCAGCGCACAAUCGCCAUCGAACAACGCAAUAAAACAAACAUAAGGACAACUUAAAUUUGCGAACAAAGGUUCAACCUACGCACACACACAAUUUAAUUGUGACCAAAGUCUAAGGCAAACGGAGAACGGAAAAUAAAAGGAACACCCAAGUAAAGAGAAUCACUUGUGAAAGUCAAAUACAGUCUAAAAAUGGUGCAGACUGGAAUAUCGCUGAAUGAGCGCUUCACUCAAAUACAAUCUCGCCAGCGACAGCCGUCGGUUGGCGGGCAACGGGAACGCGGAAGUCGUAGUCGCUCACGGAGUCGCAGUCGCCGGAUUGUGGAUGCAGCAGCAUCGGCGGCCAAUUCGCGGCUGCUGCAGGAGUUUAAACGGAAGCACACCGUUCAGGCGGCCCUCAAACUGAAGCGCAGAAGCCUGCGGACAACUGCUGGCGGCAUCAAAGCGCUCCGUCAGGGGCCCAUCGGAAGACCCGUGCGCACCAGCAACGGCACUCGCCUGGCAACCAUGCGCGCAGAUCUGAUUGCCAACAAUGGACGCGCACGCCGCAGCAGCAGCAUUAGUGCCCGACGAUCCAGCUCCGCGGCUGGAGGACUCCGCCAGCGCCUGGGCCUAAGCCGACCCACUGUCGGUGGUGCAGCGGAGCGUGUGGCUCAACGUCGACGCGCUUUGGCGCGACAACAGCCGCAGCAGCGUGGCCGUUCACGCAGUCGUGGACGCGCUCGUUCGCAGAGUCGCGGGCGCGAUCAGAGCCGGGCUCGUUCCCAAAGUGUCAGCCGUUCUCAGAGUCGCGGACGCCGCGGUCAGCAACCGGCUAACGGUGGCAGAGGUGCUGGCGGUGGCGGUGGCGGCGGACGUGCUCCGGCUCGUGUUUCAGUGAAGCAGCGCCUGGGCGUGCGUGCGGGCGGGGCAGCAGCAGCUGGAGGAAAAGGAGCAGGCAGCAAACGACGUGGCAAUCGUCGGGCUGACAGCAAAUUGCGGGGCGUCGCUGCCGGACGCAUUGAGAAGCGUCGCAAUUCGAACGCUGCACAGAAGACUGUGGCGGCUGCAGCCACUGGGCGCGGACGCAAAGGACGUGCACGGGGAAAAUCUGCUCUACGUGCCGCUGCCACUGCUGUUAAUGCUGCUACUGCUGCCACGCAUCGCUCGCGCUCACGCUCAAGAUCUCGGGCACGACAGGGUAAUGCUGCUGCUGGCACUGCUGCUCCAUCAAAUGGACGACAAAAAGGUGCGGGCGCUGCUGGCGCUCGGCGCCGUGGACGCAGCUCACAGCGCGCAGGUGGCAAAAUUGCCAAGGGUGUCAAUAAAAAUGGUAACAAGAAGAACAAGGCCAACAAGAGCACAGAAGGUGGCAAGGCAAACCAGCAACAGCCGGGUCGUCGCGGACGUAGUCGUGGUCGUGGUGGUCGCACGGUUGCAGGUAAGCCGCAGCGGUCCGAGGUGAAGCGCGAGGAUCUGGACAAAGAGCUGGAUCAGUACAUGUCAACCACAAAAUCAGAAAUGGACUUUUUGCUUAAGUAGAGCGCAAAGCACGACGAUCAAGAAGAAUUACCACCGCAAGGCAGUUUUUACUAAUUCUUAAGUUGUGUCUAUAAUACUAAUUAGCUGUAAGCGUCACAUACAACAAUUCUCACCGCACGAAAUGGUGUACUUAUGCUCUCUGGCUCUCUAGCUAAGGAGGUACUCUGUAAAUAGCAUAUCGUAUAAGUAAAUGUCUCUGUUUGCAUAAUUACAAUCGAAAUGUUUGUAUAAUGUGCAGCUAAAUACAAUUGACUCCUUGUUUAAACUAAA